UCUAACGAAGAUUCAGACACUAAAAGUACACUUAACACGGUGAAGUGUAAGUUUACAACUAAUGAAGAACUCAUGGUUGAAGCUGAUAGAGCAACAAAGAAUAUUCUUUUAAAUUCUUCGGACACCGACGUUGAGAAUCAGAAUGUGGCUCCAAAUGACAACGAUAGCGACGAAGAAAACCUUAAAACUAAAGCAAGUGGUAAUAAAAAGAAGUUGCGAAUGGAAAAGAAAGAUUCUACUAGAGAUAAGGACGAUUCAGACAAGCAGGAGAAUAGUAGAUGGAAACGGGAUAAAGUAUUAACAAUUAAAUUUUCGGACACAGAUUCUGACGUAGAAAAAGAAAAGUGGAAGAUAAAACAAGAAAAACUGAAGGAAAAGGAAGGAAAAAGCGAUACAGAAAGUUCGGAUGUCAAUGAGAAAAUUAAACCACGAAAACGGAAUGUUCGUAAAAAAAUUCUAAAUUCCGAUUCGGAUACAGAGCUUGUGAAGUCUGACUCGAAUUCUGAUAAAUCUAUGACAUUGGCAGAUAGUGCAUCUUUGGAUAGCGAUUCAUCCGUAGAAAAAAAGCAAAGAAGGACACGUAAACGAAAGACACGUAAAUCAUCUGACACAGAUUCGUCACUUGCAGAAAAAAAAUCAAAACCGAAAAGAAAACGCAUUAAAAAAAUGGACAGUGACUCUGACGAUGAUUCCAAUAAAGAGGAAAUUACUAGUUCUCAAGGAACGCCUGGUAAGACACGUCGCAGGAAUAUUCGGAAAGUACUGAAAGACAAACAAGUCGCAGAUGACACAAAACAGGCUGCGAAGGAAGAGGAAGAACGAAUUAAACGCAUUGCUGAGCGACAAAGAUUAUACAAUGAGAUGUAUGAGGCAAGAUUGGCUAGUGAAGAAAAGGUAGACAAAUUGGUAUUAGAUUUUAAUCCAGAAACAAAAGAAGAGAUUGUAUGCGUUCACGAAGACUUGGUGAAACGCUUGAAACCACAUCAAGCUAAAGGAAUCAAAUUUAUGUGGGAUGCUUGCUUUGAAUCUCUUGAACGGACAAAAUCUUCACCGGGAUCUGGAUGCAUACUCGCGCAUUGUAUGGGCCUUGGAAAAAGUCUUCAAGUAAUUGCUUUAGCGCAUACACUUUUAAGGCACGAAGAAACCGGUGUGAAGACCAUUUUGAUUGUUUGUCCUUUGAGUACGGUACUUAAUUGGUUCAAUGAAUUUAAGUUAUGGUUGAAUGACGUUGAAGAUAACAGCGACAUUGAUAUUUAUGAAUUGACUAAAAUGAAGAAGAAUAUAGAGAGAAAAUACCAAAUGGAAUCUUGGCAGAGGAGAGGUGGCGUCCUUAUUAUUGGUUAUGAAAUGUUCAGAAAUCUGAGUGGUGCACAGAAUAGAAUGCGAAAAAGUAUGAAAGAGGACAUAAAACGUUGCUUGAUAGAUCCUGGUCCAGAUCUAGUUGUUUGCGAUGAAGGUCAUCUAUUGAAAAACGAAAACACUGCUCUUAGUAAAUCUAUGACGAGUAUUAGAUCAUUAAGGAGAAUUGUACUUACGGGAACGCCACUUCAAAACAAUUUGAUAGAAUACCACUGUAUGGUACAAUUUGUGAAACCGAAACUUCUGGGAACAAAAAAAGAAUUUUUGAAUAGAUUCGCAAAUCCAAUAAUGAACGGUCAAUUCGACGAUUCUACCGAAUAUGAUGUUAAAUUAAUGAAAAAACGUGCUUAUGUUUUACACAAAAUGUUGAAAGGCUGUGUACAGAGAUUCGAUUACUCAGUAUUAACGCCUUUCUUGCCACCGAAGCAGGAAUACGUAAUUUUUGUACGCUUAUCAGAUGUUCAAAUUAAAAUGUAUCGAUAUUACUUGGACAACUUGGCUUACCGAUUACGUGCUUCAACUGGCGGAGCUCUUUUCAGAGACUUUCAAACACUGCAGAGAGUAUGGACGCACCCGCUAGUUUUAAAAAUAAUGCAGUUAAAACAGAAUGAGAGGAAGCUUUCAAGCGAUUCCGAGGGUUCGCUGAAAGACUUCAUCGAUGAUGGGUUAGAUUCUGAGAGUACCACCACUAGCUCGAAUUCUUCCAAAGAGGAUAUUAUCGAGAGCAACCAACCGAAGCAUACCAGAAGUACAAGAAAUAACGAAUCUGACGUUGAAGUAGUUCCCGAAUCUGAGAAAACUGAGCAGGAUGAUUGGUGGUCACAGUUCAUUGAGCCUGAACAUUUGGAGGACAUGAAGGUUUCCUCCAAACUGGUGCUUCUUUUUGGUAUUCUAAAAGAAUGCGAGCAGAUCGGUGAUAAACUGUUGAUAUUUUCACAAUCUUUAUGCUCGUUAUCUAUAAUUGAAAACUUUCUGAACAAGAUCGAUGAACAGACACGAGAGGAAAAGAAACAGAAAAAAGGAAAUACGGGAUUCAUGGAAUAUUCGGGUAGAUGGUCAUUAGGUUUGGAUUAUUUCCGAUUGGACGGUCAAACGUCUGCCGAAAACAGGAGUAGGUGGUGCAAAAUAUUUAAUAAAUCAACGAAUACAAGGGCAAGGUUGUUUUUGAUAUCGACACGAGCAGGUGGAUUAGGAAUUACAUUAACCGCUGCUAAUCGAGUUAUUAUUUUUGACGCAAGUUGGAAUCCUUCCCAUGAUGUACAGAGUAUAUUCCGUAUAUAUAGGUUUGGCCAGAAAAAGCCGUGCUAUGUUUAUCGAUUCUUAGCUGCUGGAACAAUGGAAGAAAAAAUAUAUAAUAGACAAGUGACGAAGCUGUCGCUUUCCUGCAGAGUUGUCGACGAACAACAAAUAGAACGUCAUUACAGCAAUCAUGAUUUGAAUGAGCUGUACACGUUCGAACCGAAUACGGAUGGAGAAAAACCAACUCUAAAUUUGCCCAAAGACAGAUUACUAGCAGAAAUAUUUUUGAAAUAUAAGGAUUAUGUGGAGAACUACCACGAACAUGAUUCUCUUUUAGAAAAUAAGGUCGACGAAGAAUUGGAUGAAGAAGAAAGAAAACAAGCUUGGUUAGAGUAUGAAGAGGAAAAGAAAGAAAAACCAAAGCCAGUGUACACGGUAGCAGGAGCUUAUUCGAACAAUAUAAUGAUGCCUACAUACUUUAAUGUUAAUACGGAUUAUGCAAAACUUCAAGAACUUAUACGCAAGGACUAUCCAAAUGCAACACCUGAAUACCAACAAAUCAUGACAGCUCGGGCAUUAACAGAUAUGUAUAGUUAUUGGGAAAGACAAGCUUUCCACAAUACGACCGCACAACGAGCACCUGACAGCAUGCUGACUGGUCUACUACAAACCCAGAUGAGACCACAGGUGCCUACUAUGGUUCGAGUCCCUAACAUACUAAGGAAUGCUAAUGUCAAUGUAAAUGGUCAAGGAAGAGCUGAUCUUCCUGUAAGUUAUAUGAGUACUGACCCAAAAUCCGGAAACGCCGAUGACGACAUAAUAGAGGUUACAACAACCACAAGUAGUAAAAAGAAUCAAGAAGAAUGAACUGUGUAUAAAAAGGGACUUCAAGUGAUUACGAAAUUAUAAUGAAUGUUUUGUUUUUAUCCGUUGCGACAAUUAUACGUUCUACACGAUCAUUCGGUUGGACAAUCGCCUGCUACAUAACAUUUCAUGCCGGUCUGAUACUGAUCCGUAGCUGAAAUUUUUGUAUUGUAGAUGACACAUCACACGUAUGUAACACGUGUGUUUUUUUUGUGAUUUAUAUACAUGUUAUAGGAGUUGCUUGUAUACCUUACUUAUGAAUCUUUUACAGAAUUUAUUGUCGCGAAAGUCACUAGGAACUGUUGUCGUACAUACAAGUAUCACCAGUAUUAAUGUAAAGCAUAUCUCCAGC